CACUCCCUCAAAAUUAAUGCUAAGAGCCACGUCUGUAUAAGUCUGUCUAUAUAAAGGAAUAUAACAGAAGCUUGAGAGCUAGUUCAGUGGACCUCCCAUCUCUUCUUGUCUGGAACUAGUUUCAUUUGUUAACAUUGUUCCAUACCCUUCCUUACAUCAACCACAUAAAACAAAAAGCAAACUACUUAUUGUCAAUAUGAAGAAGAUAAUGUUUUUGUUUGUUCUUCUGCAACUUCUGUUGGUAAACUCUCUUUCUCCAAAACAUCCAUCAGCCAAGCCAGCUGCAGAAAUAAAUGUAAUGGGUUUUGUUUACUGCGAUGUCUGCUCCAACAACAGCUUCUCCAAACACAGUUACUUCAUGUCCGGCGUGGAAGUGAGAAUAGACUGCAGACUCAAAUCAGCUUCGUCGACAACAAACGAGAUGAUAACAUUCUCUGCAAACAGAACCACUAACGAGUUUGGACUCUACGAGGUAGCCAUAACAUCUCUAGACAGCGUUGACGUGGACAGUCUCGCCACUUCUUGUCAAGCGAGUUUGGUGGGAAGAAGAGGCUCCUCUGAUUCUUCCUGCAACGUACCUGGUUACAGAAGCACUACGGAUCAAGUCGUGUUUAAGUCUAAACGGUCUAAUCUCUGUAUCUAUGGAUUCAAUGGUUUGAACUUCAGACCGUUCAAGAGGAAUCUUGCCUUGUGUGGCAAGAAUUAAGGUUUUUAUUUAAUCAAGAAAUGAAAAUGUGUUUGUGCUAAAGAA